AUGGACAAUAUUUAGACCUUUGGAAUGCAAAAUACAAAAAUUAUGAUUGAUGGUGUAGCCUACUUAAAAUUAUAAGAAAUUGGUUAAGGAUCAGAAGGUAUUAUUUAUAAGGGAGAAAAUAUUUAAACAAAAGAAAUUGUGGCUAUAAAAGAAUACAAAAAAAUCUAUACAAAUGAAGAAAAAGCAAUUUAAGCAAUUCUGCAAAACAAUUGCAGCCAUAUAAUUGGAAUAAAAGGAAUAUAACAUAAUUAAUAAUAAUGUCUAAUAAUAGUUAUGGAAUUUGCUCAUGGUGAAUUUUACAAAUUUAUGAAAACUUUAGAUUACUAAAAAUUGGAUUAUCAACAAAAAAAUAACUAUUUUGUUUAAGUAAAUAUUAGUAUUAUUAUGAGAUGGUAUAAGGAGUUAACUAACUUCAUGAAAUGGGAUUAUUUCACAGAGAUUUGAAACCAGAAAACUUUGUAUAUAUCAAUUAACCAAACCAAUAAAAAAUCAUUAAAUUGAUUGACUUUGGUUUAGUGAAAGAAACUUCAAAUUAAAUGGCAAAGACUAGUUGUGUUGGAACCCCAUUUUACAUAGCUCCAGAUGUGUUAUAGAGCAAUUAAAAUAUAAGCACUUAUUAUGAUAAAUCAGUUGAUGUGUGGUCAUUAGGAGCCAUUUGGUAUGAAAUAUUAACAGAAGAAACAUUCUUUAAUGGUAUUUAAAUUUAUAACCUAGGUAUAUCAUAGCAAGACAUAUUUAAUCAAAUCAUGUAUAAGACACAAAAUGAAAUAGAUUAAUAAAUCCAAUAUAACCAGAAAAUAUAACAAUAAGAAAAAAAUUUUAUUAAAAGAAUGUUAAGAAGGUCUUCAAUUUAAAGACUGUAAUUGAGAGAAAUAAUUGAAACUUAUAAUUAAUAGCCAAAUUUCAAUAUGUAAAAUAAGUUAUAGUACUAAAAUUAAAACUAAUAAUAAAUUAAAUAAAUAUAACCCUAAUUCAAUUUAGUAAAAUCUUAAUUCAAUUAAGUAUAAAAUUAAUUCAAUUUAGUAAAAUCGAAUUUUAAUUAAGUAUAAAAUUAAUUCAGUUAAGUAUAGCCUUAAUUCACUUAAAUAUAGCCUUAAGUAUAACCUCAAUUUAAUCAAAUAACUUUUACGGAAUGCCAAGAAAAAAAUAAAAUCAAUAGAUAAUUUUUUAAUUAACAGUCUCAAUUAUGCAUUGAAGAGAAUUAGAGAUAAAAAAAAGAGAUAGAGGACUUGAAUAAAAAAUUUGAGGAAUUUAAAAGGAUUUAAGUAGAGGCUGAGCAAAAAAUAAGAGAUGAAUACUAAUAAAAAUUGCUUGAUUUAGAAAUAGAGAAUAACGAAAAAAUUUAAUCAACAAAAAGAGAAAUCAAAAAGUAAAAAGAGCAGGAAGUCACUGAUAAAAUUAUAUAGGUUUAAAAUUAAUACAGAGAAUAAUAGGAAGAAAUCAAAUAAAAAGUUGAAGAAUAGAAAAUGUAAAUGAAGUAAGAGUUAGAGAUAGAAAUUUCGAAAAAAUACAUGCAGGAUUACUCAAUCAAAGUAACUUAAUUGGAAAAAACAUAGGAAUAAGAAAAAUAAUUAUAUAUACAAGACAAAAUAUAAUCCCUUUUCUAAUUUCUGUAAAAUAGUAUUCAAUUAUUUACAAAAAAUUUAGACUAAAAAUUGCAAAUAAUCAAAAAUAUUGAUUCUUUGGAUCCUGAUAAAGAGAAGUUGGUACAAUUGAUAUAGAGUCAAAUCUAAAAAAACAAUGAAAAAAUUUAAAUAAAUGAACAGAAAUAAUUAUAAUUAGUUUCUUAAAUAGAGUAGCUUAAAGGAUUGGAUAAUCAAUUAGCUUUAUAGAUUCAGUAAAAUAUAGAGGAGUAAAAUAAUUUUAUUUUAUAUGUAUCAGAAUAAUAAAUAUUUAUCUAAAAUUAAAUAGACUAUAAAUAAUAGCUUAAGUAAUAACAAUAAGAACAAGAAGAACAAGAAGAACAAAUAGAUAAGGAAAAAUAAGACAUUAAAAAUAAAUUUUAAAAAUUAAAAUAAUAAUCUCAUUAGUAUUUAAGAGAUAUAAAGAUAUUUUAGGAAAGAAUGAAAUUUUAUGAAAGAAUUUAAUAUUAAAUUUAUUAAGAAGAAAAACUUUAUGAAAUUGUGGAAAAAUAGUAAAGAAUGAUUUAAGAUUUAUAAGUCUUAGAAUAAUAUGAGAAAACUAUAAUUUAAAUUGAGAAAUCAAAAUAACUCAUUAAUUAUUAAGAUUUCAAUAAAAAACUCGAAUAACUUUUAUAAUCUUAAAAUAUACAAAAAAAUUUAAUUGAAGAAACAAGUAACUCUUUAGAAUAAAUUGAUAGUAAAUUUGUUGAAGAAAAUAAAAGGUAAAUAUCUUUUAUUGCCCAGAAUUUAAAUUAUUUUAAGGAUUAAUUUAAAUUAUUAUCUUAAAACGAAUAAUAUGUCGAUAAAAUAACCUAAAUAAAUUUUAAGAUAGAAGGUUGCUUUGAUUUAUUAAAUGAUUUAAAUUUAUCAUUAGAAUAAAAAGGAAUAUUUUUAAAUUAUUAAUAGUUCCAAGAAAAGUAUCAAUGCAUAAAUUAAAAUUUAUAAGAAUUUAAAUAAUAGUACUAUUUAUUACUUGAAUAAAUACAUAAUGAUUAACAAAUUAAAUAAAGAAAUGAUGAGAGAUUAAAAAAAUUAAAAAUUGUGGAAGGCUAAUUAAUUGAAUUUGUAGAUAAAAUGAAUUAAUUAAAAAUUUAAGUUAGUCAUUUUAGUAAGGAUCAAUAUUGUGAUGGGGAAUUAUCUAAGAAUUUGAUAAUGGAUAAAUAACAAAAAAUCGAUUAAAAUAUCUAAUCUAUUUAAUAAUAAUAUGAAAAAUUCUCAAAUUUUCAGAUAUCAACCUGCUUCGAAACUAUGAAUCUUCAAAUAGUUUAAUUGGAAUAAUUUUAAGAAAAAUUAAAAUAAUUAUUACUAGAUGAAUAAGAUAAAGUUUAAUUAUUAGAUUUAGUAUUAUAAAAAAUAGCGAAUAAUAAUAAAAGUGAAUAAGAAAAAGAAUAUUUUCAAUUAUAUUUAGAGUUAUAAUAAUUAUACUUUCAAUUUUCAAGAACGUUAUCAUCAGUCAAAAUUGAUUAAGAUAAAAUUGAUUAAAUAUAAUUAAUGAAUGAGAAAGGAGAAGCAUUGAGAAAAGAAUUAGAAUAAGAAAAAGAGAGAAUUAAUAAUUACUAUAAUAUUAACCAAUAGAAUUAGAAAUUAUUUUUAGAAUAAGAAAAAAAAAUUUUCUAAGAAACUUCAAAAAGAGAAACCCAUGAACAAAUUUUAUAAUUGCUUAAUAAGUUAUCAGAAUAUGAUAAAGAAAAAAUGAAAAAAAUAAAUGAAGUACAUUUUCAUUUGUCUAAUAACGUAAUAUAUACUGUUGAUUCUUUAUAAAUUGGACUAGGAUUUUAGCCUUUAGAUAAUACACUUAUUGAUACUUAGUAUCACUUAUAAUAAGAAGAAUAACUCGUAUCUUAAGAAAUAAACUUAAUAAGACAGGUAGCCUAAAUCUAACAAUUAAAUCCAUUACAUUAUAAUGAUCUAAAAGAAAAAAUGCAAAAUUUGAUUAAAAAAAUAAAUGAAUUAAUUUUAAAAAUACCUUAAAACAAAUAAUUUGAAUAUUUCAAUAGUGUAUAUAAAAUUAAUUUAGAAUCUUUUGAAAAGUUAUACAGUUUAAUUAAUUAUUUAAAAUUGUGUCAUUUAACAUUAUAUUAUGAAAGAGUUAAAGAAAAUAAAUAAAAGAAGAAUUUAAUGGAAAGUAAUGGUAUUACUUUCUAUAAAUAAAAAAUAAAUUAAAAGAUGGAAGAAGAUAUUGAGAAGAAGGAAUAAGCUUAAAAUUUAUUAUAGAUAUACGAAAAUAUUAUAUUUCAUAAUUUCCAUAACAAGAGAAUUGAAGAAUUGCAAAAAGAUUAUAAGUAGAUUUCAAUGCAAAUUUUAGAAAAGGAAAGUUUCAUAAAAUCUAAAAAUUAGGCAAAACUUAGAGAUUAAAUUAAAAACUUGGAUGCUAUAUAGUAAAUUAUCAAAAUCAAAUAAUAUGAAUCAACAUUUGAAUUCCCUAUCUCAGAAGUGUUUAAAAUAUUGAAAAAUACAGUGAUAGUAAAUAAGGAUUAAAGUUAGAAUUCAGAGACAAUUCAAAACAAUUGA